GAUGAGCGGACUUGACAAGAAGGUGAACCCCAGCUUAGCCUUGGAGCAUAGGAACAAAGCUGUGACAGACACCAGAAAGCUACUUGCCACUUACUACUCCACUCUGAAGCUAGAAAUCAUUAAGAAGUUCAUCGAGAUUUAUCAUUUAGAUUUUAGUCUGUUUCAUUACGAUCCGGACUCAAUUUUCGACUAUAUUUCUUUCAAUAAAACAGAUUUACUAACUGAGAAGUUGAAAUAAAUUCGAAUUUUUCAUGUAAAUAUACAAACAAGUAAAAGAAAAAAUGAAAAAAAA